AUGCAGUACCACAGAUUCGGUCGAAAUUUUUCAGAUUUGAUUGACACCAACAUGAUUGGCAUUCCACAGCUACGCCGCACACUUGUCGGUUCACGGCCCUUUUCUGUGCCAGGUAUUUCAACCAGCAUUCGAAUAAGUCGAACUUAUGCCGAUAAGCCAGCUAAGAAGAAAUCUGCGCCGGCAGCAGACAUUUCGCAGAUUCCCAUUCGGAGUAUCGGUGUCAUUGCCGACUUUUAUGUUCCUCCUCGGUACUUGAGCAGUCCUGUGACUUCUUGGCACAAGCUUCUUUUCAGAAGACUUGGACUUUUCGCCAUCAAUACAUAUAGUAUUGUGAAAUAUAGGCGGGAAACUGGUCUCAAGCUUCACUUUAAUGAGUGGAAAGACACUGCAAUUGACCAAUUUGUACGUGUAAAUAAGGUUUUUGCUGGAGCUUGCAACUCUAGAACUAGUGAAAGAGCAAAGUACAUUAGCACUCAGUUGCAUGAUGUUGCUGGAGCGGAAGUUAUUAAGAGUUUGACUGCCAGAGCAGCGACAUUUCCUGCAAGUGGAACUAGACUCGAAUGGCAAUUGACAGAUAUCGUUGGUAACCCCAAGAUUGUUUCAUUCAACGCAUUGCCUGACAGCAAUAAUCUUACUGCGUUGGUACAAUUUGUGUGUAAAGUUACCACCAAGCAGAAAUUGACUAUCACAACUCAAGGCAAACUGAACUCGAACGAAAGACUAGUUACCGAUAAUUUGGUGUACACUCUUGAUCCAUUUUCUGGAGAAAUGGUCUUGGUGGGAUCUGUAUUCGACUCGGAUCACAUAAGAGGAGUGCAACCCGAAAUCAACUUUACCGAUGCCCAGACAAUGACAAAAUUUCAAGUAUUGUGCUCUGAUUUAUUCAGAUCCAAUCCAAAUUUGAUUGGCAAAUCCAAAGACAAAUAG